CACUUCUUUGUGCAAUGACAGUCAUCUCCCAGGCCUGCAGGGACCGAGGCUGCAUGUGUGAUAUAGGCAGCAGACGUCGAGCUACUGAGUCCUAGUUGGCCCUAGCUGCUGCAGGAUGGCUCUGUUGGUGCACGCCCUGGCCUGCGCCUUUGGCCUGGGUUCCUGGGUGGCAGUGAACGGCCUGUGGGUGGAACUACCACUCAUCGUCAACACACUCCCUGAAGGCUGGGAGCUGCCCUCCUACCUGACGGUCAUCAUCCAGCUGGCCAAUGUGGGACCUUUGAUCAUCACACUCAUGCACAAACUGAGCCCAGGACGGCUAAAUGAGCGGACUGCCAUCUACACCAUCCUCUCCAUUGGCGUCCUCUCCUGCCUUUUGCUGGCCUUCUUCUGGGAUGAAACAAGCAUUGUGGCUGGUGCGUCACACAGCACGGCCUUCUUCAUCAUCACCUUCUUCCUCUCGCUGGUAGACUGCACCUCCUCUGUCACUUUUCUGCCUUUCAUGAUGCAGUUUCCAGCAAAGUACAUCACUACAUACUUUAUCGGAGAGGGGCUCAGCGGCUUCAUUCCUGGCAUUGCUGCUCUGGCCCAAGGCGUGGGCAUGGCCCAGUGUGUUAACUUUUCUCAGACAGCGGAAAACCACACAGGUGGAAAUGGGUGGUUCCUCCAAACCCAGUAUCUCCCACCCAACUUUUCCACUGAGGUGUUUUUCUUCUUCCUGACAGCCAUGAUGUGCAUAAGCCUGUCUGCUUUUGUGGCACUGGACAGGCUUCGUCGGCAAUCUGAUGAAAACCUGGCGGCAGACUCAGUGGCGUCAGUCUGCUCAGGACUGGACAAUCCUGCUGAAGACACUGACGGAGAUGACCUAAAAUGCCAGAACAAGGAUGAGAGCCCGAUAGGGCCUCCUUUGUCAGGCUCCAGUCACUCGGUGUACCAGCUGACAUUCAUCUACUUCCUAGUGGUGUGGGUCAAUGGUGCUACCAACGGCGUGCUGCCCUCCGUGCAGACGUACUCCUGCAUGCCAUAUGGGAACCUGGCCUAUCACCUUUCUGCUGGUCUGGCUUCGGUGGCUAAUCCUGUCGCGUGUACCAUUGCAAUGUUCUUCAAAAACAGGUCUCUUACCUUUCUGGGUGUGCUGACGUUGCUGGGGACAGGCUUUGGCAGCUAUAACAUGGCCAUGGCUGCCAUGAGCCCAUGCCCUUUGCUUCAAGGGUCUGUGGUGGGAGAAGUGCUCAUUCUGCUCUCAUGGCUCUUUUUCACUGGAACGCUGUCUUAUGUCCAAGUGAUGGUGGGCAUCAUCCUGCGGGACCACAGCCACAGCGCACUGGUUUGGUGUGGAGCUGCAUCGCAAAUGGGAUCGCUGGUUGGCUCCCUUAUCAUGUUCCCACUGGUCAACAUCCUCAAGCUCUUCAAGUCUGGGGACUUCUGCAACACUAAAUGCCCCCUGUGAAAUCCCAAUUUUUAUUGAAAUAUUUUUUUGGGGGGGUAAAAGACCAGGUUUAUUCAUUUGGUUGAACAGAAGAGAAAAAUGUUGUGAGUUCAAGUACAGUUUCCAUGUCAGAGUAACUUGUAAUUAAAAAUAUUGUUAAGUAUUGGGUUCACCGCAUUUAAGUCGUACCAAAGGAUGAUUGACAUUAGCCUGAAAACGAGACAAUGAUGUGGCAGUGCACAAGUUCACAAUUGAAAACAUUCACAUUUCCGUCAUGUCAUAAUAAACAACUUACUGUAUUUAACAAAUUAAAAAGGUACUUCAAAAGUAAGUAGAUAAUUCUUGUCGCCUCCUGUAAUUAUGCUGUGAUUUUAACUGUAAGGCAUAUAGCCAACAUUUGACAAAUAAUGUCUAGAAAUGAAACUUUUUGCCUUUUAUAUGUCCUAUCAGUCAAAUAAAUCCUGAUGUUUUAAUGUCUACCUAUUCCACACAAUAGCAUUUUGUAAGUUAAACACAAUAAUUAGUAGUUCAUGUUGGAAAAUUGUCUGUUAUUCUAAAAAUUAUAAUAGUUUAUUUAAUUUAUUAAUUAAAGCACAUGUGUCAAACUCAAGGCCCGGGGGCCAGAUGUGGCCCGCAAAAGCCUGCGAAUAAUGUGUGUCAAUAAUGCACUUCAUCUUUUUCCUUUUAAAAGUAUUUAUUCUUUGAUUUUGACUGAAAAAUUGUACUGUGUGCAUUUUUUCUAAACUUUAAUAUUAUCUGAUCAGAUAUUCCAAGCAUUUUCUGUUAUUAAA